AUGGCUCAUGUGAAGAAGGAAUCCAAGUGUUCCUUUCGAGUUAAACAGGAGCCUGGCAGCCAGAACCCGGACACAGGUGUGUUGAAGCGCAUCCAGGAUAGAGUGAAGACUUUGCGGACGGAUGGGGUGUAUUUGGACCUUAUGGAUUUGUUCAUCUUUGCUGAGAACAACCACAAGGUUCUCCAGGAGUGGCUCAAAGAGCAUGACCUUGUGUCUUUGCCAGCCCGUGGCGAUGGCAACUGUGGGCUUCAUACCUUGCUGCCCCUGUCUCUUGGAGACCCUUUGUCGGAAUUCGAAAUGCUAGAGAAUGAAAGGAAAAUUUUGAUUUCAUCCAUGCGAAGUGCAAUUGCCGACUUUUGGACCCAAGCUUCCUCCAAGAGUGAAUGGCUACAUGUAUACCAUACGAUUAUUGAUAUCUUUGACACAGAACCAGGACUGGCCAAUGAAGAGCCGCCACUUCCGCCUCCCAAAAAGGAACCGAUUCUGACACCCCAGAAAAGGCAAUCUUGCAUUCCUGAAGUAAUUGACUUGUGCCAAGACUCAGAACCACCAGUGCUCAACCAAGAGCCACCACUUCCGCCUCCGAAAGAGGAACCGCCUCAGACACCCCAGAAGAGGAAAUCUUGCAUUUCUGAAAGCAUUGACCUGUGCACCCCGCCUCGUGUACAAAGUGUAGGUGCCACCCGUUCAGCUAUGAGCCAAGAUUCAAAACCACUUUCAUCGGAUGUGCAGCAGCAGUUGGUGUCUCAGCUGGAAUCUGGACCACCAGAAGCAGAAAAGCCCAAGGGACGGAACCGAGGAGGACGCAAGAGACAGAAGCAACCUUCCAAGCCUGAGCCUGAACCAGCUGAGGGGCCUUCCGGACCUCAAGAAGAACAAACAGCAGAAAAACAUGUGAGGAUUAGAGCUGUCCAAAAACGAUUAGUGACCUUGCAAGACAGGAAGCUGGAGAUACUCAAGAAUUACUUAGCCUCCCUCAAUUUGAAUUGGAGUGCCAGUCAGCGGUUUCAUAGUACGAACCAAAUAGGCAAGCAUUCCCAGGCAUGCAAAUCAAAUCGUGGCUUCUGUGUGAUGCAAGCACGUUUGAUCGAGUUGAAGAUGCCAGAGUGUUUGACCUGUGUUGCCCUGCUGCAUUCUGUCGAGUUUGACAUGGAGAAGUUGGAAAAAUUGAUGAAGGAGUGUGAGAAUCCUGAUGGUGAAUUUCCAUCUCCGUUUACCAGAAUGAAGCGAAAGGCCAACAGCUUGCAGAGUGAUGGCCAAAGUCACUGCGAACCAGCUGCCAUUGUUGACGAUGUGAAAGUGAACCCAGACAUGAAUCCAGCACAAAAUUGCACAAAUGCCGUGUUGCCAGCAGGGACAGCAGGGAGGGCCAGGCCAGUGCGCUGUCUGGCAUGCACUUCCAAGAAGCAACCGGGUGGCAAGAUUUUUGAUCUCACUCUGGGAACCAACAAAGAUGCCCGACACUUCAUCCGCCAACACUGCAAAGGCCCUGAACAUGUAGGUUCCUUUGAUGAAUGGAUAGGAUCGCAACAGAAACCAGAGAAAGCAGCCGAUGAUGACUUGCCAGAGUCAAACAAGCCAGAGGAGAAGGAACCAUAUCAGCCGUGUACAGGAUUUUCCUUGACACACAACGGUGGGAGACAUGCAAAGUUCAGAGCUGAAAUUCAACUUUGGGCCCAUUUUACCGAUCUCAAAACCCCCUUGGCCAAGCACAAGUAUAUCUGGGACCUGAAGACCCAAGAAUUGAAGGUGUUCCACGAAAAAUGCCCGGGCGUUGCACGUCCUCAUCGUUUGAUGCCUGACCGCCAACCUGUUUGCAAUUUGUGUGCAGAAGUGGACAGGGCUCAGAACUUGCUGCGGAAUAUGAUCAAAUUUGCAAACAAACAUUGGAUGGCCAGAUUGUUGGAAAGCCGUUUGUUUUGGUCUGAUGAGCAGCAAGAAGAAUUGCUGGGACAGUUCAGAGAAACCUUUCUCUACAAAUCAGCGAAGUCAAAAUACGAUGAAAAACUGUCCAUUUCCAACGAAGAAUUGCAAGCUGAGGUUCGCAAAUCAUUUAGCAGAUUUCCACCAGGUUACACGAGUGACAUGCUGCGGAACUUCAUUAACCGUGUGGUUCAGCCCUGCCUAUCUGUGAAUGUUUCGGACUGCAAUUCAGAGCUUCGUGAACUGACCUGCAUGUUCCAGGCCAAGCUGGUGUCAGGGAAGUUGUCAGAGUUUUCAGAACUUUGUGCUCGCAUUGCCAAGGCCACUUGUGAAGGCAAGUUCUCCCAGCGCCCUGCAAUCAUGGGCCUGAUGUUGCAGUGCUUGGAGUCAGUUGACAGGGAAGGCCGUGGCAUUCGCACCAUGAAAGGAGCUAGGAAACUGACAAAUGCAGAACAUGAUUUAGUGAACGAAGCCGGUUCCCUGCUUGCCUUGAACAACUGCUCAGAGGGAAUGAUGCGACAAUUCGGAUUUAACCGAGAGUCAUGUCUGAGAUCUCACGGGAAGAUCAGCAACCUGCACUCCAUUGGCCUUCCAAGCCCUCCUUUGGCUGUGUUAUGGCACAGUAUCUCUGAGCAGAAUGCAGUCCUGGUAGACUCAUUGGUUGGUCGUCCAUCAAAUGUGCAUGCAAGACGACUGAACCUGGCAUUUGAUUUUACCUACUUGAGCAAGCUGCACUCUGUGAUGGAAUUGAACAACAGAAAGGUGGUGGUGGGUUCGCCCUUCUGCAUGAAAGACAUCGAAACUGUAGGUGAUGGUUACCGGAGCUGUCUUGGUGACAUUCCAGACGACCUGACCCAGGAAUACAAAGGUGAAAAGCAGCGAGCAAAUCGCAUGUUACUUGAAUGCAGUUUUGGACAUUUUUGGACUGUAUCCUUUUCCAAAUCCGAUGUUGGAUUGUAUAAAGUGGAUCAUGUGGGCUGCAGCAGUGUUUUUUUCCAGCUGGGAUCCUCGAUAAAGGUUGAUGGUACAUUUUAUACGAUUUUAUGA